UUCUUGUGUUGUCAGUAUCGAUAGUGAAAUCGAAACGUUAGCGCGUAAAACUGGUGUUAAUGUGAGUUAGUGGGUUGAAUUAAGAAAUUCAGUUUAAUUUUAUUACUGCACAAUGAAAGAUUGUGAUUUCAAUCCAGAAUCAUUACCAGAUCUUCUGCCACUUUACUAUAAGAGACUUUUUCCAUAUGGCCCAUAUUACAGAUGGCUGAGUUACGGAAAUGUGAGAAGUCACUACUUUGAUCACCGUGAGUUUUCUUUUACAUUGGCUGAUGAUAUUUAUAUUAGAUACCAGUCUUUUGCAAAUCAAGAGGAACUGGAGAGUGAAAUACGCAAACGAAACCCACACAAGAUUGACAUUGGAGCUAUUUAUUCUCACAGGCCAAAGGAACAUCGAACUCUUCCAACCUUUCAUCCCCUUGAGAAGGAACUUGUGUUUGACAUUGACAUGACUGAUUAUGAUGAUGUUCGCUCAUGCUGCAGUGGUGCUGAUGUGUGUGUUAAAUGCUGGCGUUUCAUGGCUGUUGCUUGCAAAGUGUUGGAUAUGGCAUUGAGAGAGGACUUUGGAUAUGAACACUUGCUGUGGGUGUUUUCUGGACGACGAGGUGUCCAUUGUUGGGUGUGUGAUGAAGGAGCUUGCAAGUUGGAUGUUGCUGCACGAUCAGUUGUUGCAGAAUAUUUGCAGCUUGUUACUGGUGGAGAAAACCAAUCAAAGAAAGUUAUUUUGUCAGGAGAUAAAUUACACACAUCAAUUAAGCGAGCAGUGUCAGUAAUAGAAAAGCAGUUUGUAAAUAUGUGUGUAGAGGAACAAGAUAUACUGGGUACACCAGGAGCAGUGCAGAAGUUUCUGAGCCUGAUUCCUGAUGAACCAAUGAGACAGGAGUUGGGAAAGGAACUUCAGAAACAAUCCACGUCCAAGCAGCGGUGGGAUGCAGUCACAAAAUAUGUCGGAGAUCUUAGAGGGAAGGGACAACUUAGACGACGUCGCCAGUUCUUAUUAGAAGAAAUAAUGUUGCAAUAUGCCUACCCUCGGCUGGACAUAAACGUCACGAAAGGGCUAAACCAUUUACUUAAAUCACCAUUCUGUGUCCAUCCUAAGACAGGAAAAGUGUGCAUACCUUUCAGUCCUCGAGCAGCUGAGAAGUUCAAUCCAUCCACUGUCCCUACUAUAAGCCAGCUGAUAGAAGAAGUAAAUGAAUUUGAUGCAAAGACAAAGGAGAUGACAGCUGAGGAUACCAAACAUCGAGUGAAGGAUUAUAAGAAAACAGGCAUGUUGAAAGGUAUUGUUGUGUUUGAAGAAUUUGUCCAGAAACUUGAGCAAACCUGGAAAGGGAAACGACUGGAAGCUAGUGAUAUGAAGAUGGAAUUUUGAGUCUGACUGGUGCUGGACUUUGAAAAGAAGUAACAGUGUGAUGUGAGGAUUUUGAAUUGGAAGUGUUUGUGACUUGUGUAGUUAUGAGAAACAAAUGUGAAGGAAGAUGAUGACAGGAGUAUCAUUUAUAAUCAUCGUUUUUAAAUAUCAUUUGUUCUGAACUGUAGUUGGUCAUUUCAUGCUGUUUAUUUUUUCUGUUUUAUUAAAUGAAAUGCACAUUUAUUGCCA